AUGAAACUUGUGAGAAAUUUAGGGUGUUAUAAUUAUAAUGAUGACUAUUACAAUCUUCGUAAGUAUCGUUGUCCGAUUUUAUACUAUUGGAUAUAUAAAUCAGUAGAAGAACGUAAAAUUAAUACAGAACUUAUUACUGAAAUUUUUAAUGAUUCUUAUAGUAGAAGGUGUACGUACAACAGAAAAGCUUACUGUUAUUAUUAUCAUUAUUAUUACGAUAAGUUUGAAGAACCAAUGAACAUGAUAUUCUUGGAAAUUUUCCAAAAUAAUAUAAAUACUGUAUUAAAUAUGUUGAACAAUCAAGAGGAUAUUAUGAAUGAUAAGUUGCAAAGGUAUAUUUGUAAAUGCAUUAAUAUAUAUUAUAAAAUGAAUGAAACAUAUUGCGUUAAAAACCCUAACAAUAAUAAUAAUAAUAAUCAAAUGAGUAAUCUGACUUGUAGCAUAUUACGUUCAUUUAAGCAAACAUAUGAUUCAUAUCUUUUGGGAGAAAUAUACCACGAAAAAUAUGCUAUACCAUUCUUAGAAGAUGCAGGAAAGGUAUAUUCGGAUCAAUGCUUAUUGCCAGAUAAAGAAAUAGAAUUAAUUAAAAUUAAUCGUGAAAGAAUAAAAGCAUUUUUAAGUUCAAAGAAAUAUCCUAGUAAAAAAACAUAUACGUUUCUACAACCAGAGUAUGAUAUUAUUAAAAAUACAGCUAGUGAUUCGCCUUCA